CUGCACUUAAAAAAAAACAAAAAUAAAGUCUUUGUUUUUCUGUGUUCAUCGCAAAUUCCCCGCCCCCGCCCUUUAUUGCCAAAAAAAAAAUGAGCUGGCGUGAUAGCAUCACCAGCAUUCCCGGCGCAGUGGCGCAUAUCCUCAACGAAAGCGCCAACACUCUGCUCUCGCACAGCUCCGCCUUGUCGGGAGCAACAGUUGGCAGCGCCUUCUCUGGCGGAUCGGGAUCUGGAUCUGAUGGCGGGGGCUCUGAGGAAGGUGCCCCGCAUGGCGAGUACCGCGGCUUGCCCAUUCCCGCCUCACUGGUUCGGGAACAGUGGCGCCUGAUCUUCACCAGCGAUGCCAAUAUCCAGGAUUUGAAUGCGGCCAUUGCCCAUUGUCGGGAUCUUGUCCUGCUGAGCGAAGAGGUCAGUGAGGAGCGGCGUUGGCUUGUCAGACAUCUGGUGGACCUGCGUUACUCUCUGCAACAACUGGAGGAGGCCCAGGAGCAGCAGUCGCUCUCUUCGGACAUUGUCCUGAUGAAUGCCAUACGGGCGGUGGUAGGGCACCACUUUGUGCCGCAUCACCCGCACCACGGCAAGCGAAGUCGCCUGCAGGCAGCCGCCAGGAGAAACUACUGCGACCACUGCACCGCCAUCAUAUGGAGCGUGGUUCAGGCUUCAUACGUGUGCAGCGACUGCGGCUACCUGGUGCACCAAAAGUGCAUCGACAAUGUUAAGCGGGUGUGCGCCCACGUCCUGGUCUCGGAGCGUCAAUAUCCCGUUGCGGAGAUCUGUCCAGAGAUUGGCCUUGCCGCCCAGGGAUACAAGUGCGCCGAGUGCGGAACGCUGCUCAACCUAAAAAACCCCUGGAUAGAGCCACGUCUGUGCGACUACAGUGGCAUGUACUUUUGUCCUCGCUGCCAUUGGAAUGACAGCAACUUUAUACCAGCCCGCAUUAUCCACAACUGGGAUUUCUCGGCCCGGCGAGUCUCCCGCAUGGCGCUCCAAGAGAUCCGCCUGUUCCUGAACAAGCCGCUCAUCCGGCUGGAGGAGGACAACCCCAAGCUGUUUGUGUUCGUGGAGAAGCUAUGUGCGGUGAAAAAACUACGCCAAAAUCUGGUGCACAUGCGUCACUAUCUGGCCGCCUGCAAGAUCGCCAGCGAUCUGAAACUGGUGGACCAGCAGCUCAGCGGACGACGACACCUUGCGCAAUCCAAUGAGUUCUACUCGCUGACUGAUUUGGUUCAGGUGGACACUGGAGCCCUCACAGAGUUUCUGCAGGCUGUUUUUAAGGCCUUCGAUGAGCACAUCCGAUCGUGCCACAUGUGCCUGGCCCAAGCGUACAUCUGCGAGAUCUGCAGCAACAACGAAGUGAUCUUCCCCUUCGACGACGGCUGCAUUAAGUGCGAUCAGUGCAACUCCAUCUUCCACCGGGUCUGCCUCACGCGCAAGAAUAUGAUUUGCCCCAAGUGCACUCGCAUCCAGGAGCGGCGUCUGCAGCUGGAUCGCAUGAAGAGCACCCAGGAGGAGGAGGAAGAGGCCACCGAUGAUGACGUGGCUGUCGCGGAAUAGCUUUUUGAAUUUCAAGUUCACUCGUCUCUGUGCUGGUUUUUAAUGUUAUAUUUACAUAAGGUGU